AUGAUAACGCCCUUCUUUACAAUUGAUCAAGAUGAUGAAUUCAUUUACGUAUCCAUUAAGAUCUCCCAUAUCAGAUUCAGCGCACCCAACAUUGAAAUGAUUGUAGAUAAUGAAUUAUUCAUAUUUUCAUUACCACCCUAUUAUCUUCGAAUUAGAUUACCACAUCCAUGUAUAGAUGAUGAUCGUUCACAUGCAGAAUUUGAUUCCAAGAGUGAAUCAGUAAAAGUUAAGAUCCCCAAAGAGACAAAAGGUCAACAUUUCCCUGAUUUGGAUUUGACUAGUAAAUUAUUGGCACGUACUAAUGAACUUCAACCUCCUCCAGCACAACAGGAACAAGCUCCAAGGCCAUUGAUUGAAGAAUUGGAUGUUGACAAUACCCAGACUCAAGCGGAGAAGGAUUUGACUGAAGGGGAGGCGUUCAAUUGGGAGAUCAAACAGGAUGCUGUAGUACAAGAAGAAGCUAUCACAAUUGAAGGAAAUAAAUAUGGGUUCAAUAAUCAAUAUGAUAAGAUUGUAGGUAUUUCUGUAUCCAACGGGAAUGAUAUUAAUGAAUUGGGAGAUCCUGAGAAUACAGCUGAAGAUGAUAGGAUAAUUGAACGUCUAAUUAAAGAAAAUAUCAAAUUUGAUCCUGAAAUAUAUGCAGCUGAUUAUAUAAUGGAGAAAUAUCCCAAUCCUAAUGAAGAUGAUAAGUAUUUUAAGCAAUUGAUGGAAUGGAAGAAUCCAUUCACGCAAAAAUUCUUGAAAUGGUAUAAACAGCAACAACAAACUCCUGAGUCUGAAAGGUCGGCCAUUAUGCCAGUCGAAUUCACAAAGGAAGAACAAGAGAAAAUGAUGAACUUACCCAGAAAGACCUAUUUAAUUGAAGAUAACAACACCAAGAUGGAAAUCUUGGUCUUGAUGAUUUGUCUAUUAUUUGCAUUCCAUUUCGAUUUAAGAGAAAAUGAAGGUGAGCAUCAUAUUGAAAGUGCAUGGACUAUUGGGAAAAUAGUUCCCCAAUUUUCAUGUCUAGAUUCUAGAAUCAUCGUACUGGGUACAAAUUCAAACUAUCUUCAAUCGGCAGUUAUAACCUCUAUUAGAAGAGCAUUGUCAUAUCCAUUCCAUAGAAAUCUUAAAAUGAUAGAAAAAGUAUGGGAUGACGUUUAUUAUAAUUUAAGAGGUGGGAAGAGACUUAUAUUACAGGCAUUGUUGGAUUUAAAAGAAUUGUUUCGGUUCCAUGAUGUUUAUUAUGUAUAUGAUAAGAUUUGGUUAGAGGAUUUGUGUGCAUAUUUGAUAAGUGAUAACAUUAGUGAAGCUACUAUUCGUAGUCUUGCUCAUGAUUUGAAGAAGGAAUAUACGAGUAUUAAGAAGUCCAAUAUUACUUUUGAGAAAAUUGACUCUGAAAAGAUUGUUGUGAAUGAUGAUAAGGACGACGAUGAAACUAUGAAGGGUGAAGACGAAGAGGACGAUGAAAUGAUUGUGUUGUCGUUAGAGGAGAUUGAAUUGAUGGCUGAGGAGCUGUUUGAAGCAUUUCAACAACAUUUAGGAUAA